AUGACAACCAAAUCACAUAGCCAGCAGCCAGAUCUAAUAUUUGUGGAUGGACCAUCAUUAAAUUGCACUCCUACAGACAACAAGUCGCAAUCCGCGCGGUCUGCACUAAUGCGACGCGUUUAUACGGACAGACUAUCAAGAUACCGGAGCGAACAGGCAUUGAAGCUCAACCAAAUGUUACAAGCGCAAAGGGCGGUCUCGACUACACGUACUACCUGUCAGCAAGAUGUGGGGAAUGAAAUGGUUCUUAGAGCACAUGACACAAUAAGACGAAACAUACGAACUCUUCGUCCAAAGGGAUGUAUCUCCGUGUCAGUGACGAAUGAAUGUGGAAGUACAGUUCGUGGUCCGCGAGACCCUGCAGCGAAUGCUGCAACGAUCCCUAGUCCUCAAUCGCUUAUAAGUACAGGGAGACUAGAUCCGUUCAUGCCCAAUACUAUUGCACUUGGCCCCGCAUAUAACGAGUUGACCUAUCAUAUGAUUAAGGUUAUCUGGCCGGCAUUCCGUGACGUCGGCCACGCGCGACGCUGCUAUAUGUCAUGGAUGGCCGAACCAGACAGGGAGAUCUUAACAUGCGCUUACCUCUUUGCCUCAUCUGUCCAUCGGGAUGGUAUGAGGAUCAUCUACGGACCAGAAAACACCGACUUCGAAUCUAAAGAACAAUUAGUAUACAAGGGAAUGACCCUGAGAUUGUUGCGGGAACGGCUAUCUGGCCAUCUAUCAAGUGGUGUUUCUGAUAGUCUGAUCAUGGGUAUUCUCUAUCUGGCUGCACAUCCCGAUCCUAAAGCCGCAUCUACCAAGCGCGAUCUCUCUCCCUUCACACCCCCUUUCAUAGACCUACAUGCACUUAACAUCUACGGCACUUGUCCAACCCACCCAUCGCACUGGCGUAUGGUUCACCAGUGCGUUCAGCUCCGAGGUGGUAUUCAAACACUGAAGCUCUAUCGUCUUGGGUGGCUCUUAUCUCUAUGUGACCUCAUGAAUGCGGCCAACACAUUAACCAAGCCAACAUAUCCGCUGUAUGAUCUGGAAGGCCGACCAUUUAUUCGCAGCCCGCCAUUACUCAUGUUGCGGGUCCCGGAAUUAGCAAGGCAUCUCACGUACAACCAAGGGUUCUCUCAGCUUCGUUUACUAAAUCCACCAGUCAAAAGUUGCAUUACAAGCGUAUUCCUACACCUAUGCCAACUGUCACAGGCGCUACAUACUGUUCAUACCAGUGACAGUUCAAUGUUGCAGAAUCUGGGUGACUGUCGUAAUCUGGUCCACCAUCAGCUCCUAAGCCUCCCCAGCCAGAAUGAUCCUCCUGAAUCGAUUCUCGAUGAAGCGGACACCUCUAUGAGAGAGAUUAAUCAAUCUCGUGAUAUCUAUCUGAUGUGUCGAUAUAGCGCGCUCUUAUACGCUAUUCAUGUUACAUUUCCUCUUCCGCGGUCCUUGAAAAAUCGGGAGAUCCUGCUCUCUGCGGUUAGAACCAGUCUGUCGCGCGUCAUUGGCUCAGUAACAGAACUAACACCCUUAGAAUUGCUCCUAUGGCCUAGUAUUAUUGCGGCUAUUUCCGCUGGGGAUCGAAAUUCAAAUCGUCGCUGGUUUGUUUCUAUGGUCCAGCGGCUUUGCCAAGAGUUGGCAAUUUGGAACUGGGCCCAUCUUCUUGGCAUUCUGCGGUCGUUCGCCUGGGUGGAUGCUGCUGGUAACCAGGGCGCUUUCCGGGUGUGGACUGAGGUUAUUCUCGGCUUAUCAUCCUGUAACAAAAGGGUUGACUACACCGAAUACAAGCUACCGAUGCGACGGAUGUGGCUCUAUGGAAUGAUUAAUGAAAAUGACAACAUCAUAGACAGAACGGGAAGGACAUGUAUACACACGGGCCGGUGUAAGAUCUUUGAGGAAUUGAGCCGGAGGAAAGUGUCUAUAAAGUAUAGUAGUAGUAGUAGUAGUAAAUUCAUUACGCCCGAGGCACCAAGCCUAAAGGGUUCCAAUACGCUAUUUGUCCUGCAUUGCAUAGACUGUGGUCAUGGUCUCAUGUCGAGAGGAAAAGCUGUAUCCGCUGCAAAAACCCCUCUAGCCCAUACGUUAUGUCUUGAACAUUCCCUUCUUGUCGUUCUGAAUGCCUCGCUGGCGACAACUCCAGAUAGCAAACGAAGGACUGGUGAAUCGAAACGUGGCCGAACCGGUAGGGCAGGUGAGUUACUGUUAGCAAAAUCCGGUGAGUAUCGAUUGGUGGCAGGUAGGCAAACGACCAGAAGGCUCGUCGACGCGGCCGAAGGUGUAGACGUGUUCUUGUGAAGCCCUCUUGCCCGGUCGCUCCAACCGAUAAGGGGUUUUCACCGGAAUCUCGACUUGCAAAGUUUUCCACAUCAGCUAGACCAUGCAAUCCAGCUUA